AUGUCUGAACAGUUUUUUAUGUUCUUCACGAAGACUGGAUCCAAAUCUAUCCCUCGAAUGGGACGGAGAGCUGACAAUAGUUUAUGGUCUUCAAUGAUUCCUUCGCAUUCGUCAUAUAAUCGCAAAGUAAUGGAAGCACUGCUCGACAGAUAUAACGAGAAAAAGAGUACCGAAUCGGAGAACUCAAUGACAGAAAAUGACGAUCAGAUGAAUACGAGUAGUGAAUUUCUUAAUGAUUUUCAUAAUGAGUAA